CCAUGCAACUUUCUCCAAACAAUCAUUCACUAUUCUAACCAUUCUUUUCUCCCAUAUACUCUCUCUCUCUCUCUCUCUCUCUCUCUCUCUCUCUACACCUAAACUCAUCAGAUCGAUCAAUGUUCUGAAGAAGCCAAACCCCAUCUUUGAUCUCACAUUCUUUUUUCAGAUCCAUUCUUUUAAACUCACCUAAAUUUUGUUCAAAUUCACAUUUUUUUUUCUUUCUUCAUUAGAUCUUUAUUGGAUUUGAUCUAAAGAUGGCGACAAUGCAGAGCUUGAUCGGUUUAGUCAAUAAGAUCCAACGAGCUUGCACCGUUUUGGGCGACCAUGGCGGAGAGGGUAUGUCCCUCUGGGAAGCUCUCCCUUCGGUAGCUGUUGUUGGUGGCCAGAGUUCUGGUAAAUCUUCGGUGUUGGAAAGCGUGGUGGGCAGAGAUUUCUUGCCUCGUGGAUCUGGUAUUGUUACGAGGAGGCCACUGGUGUUGCAACUUCAUAAGACAGAAGAUGGUCAGACUGAGUACGCGGAGUUUCUUCAUGCUCCUAGAAAGAAGUAUACUGAUUUUGCUGCUGUGCGUAAGGAGAUCCAAGAUGAGACAGAUCGUAUUACUGGGAAAUCUAAGCAAAUAUCUAACAUUCCAAUUCAUCUGAGCAUAUAUUCUCCAAAUGUUGUAAACUUGACAGUCAUAGAUCUUCCUGGGUUGACAAAGGUUGCUGUAGAGGGACAACCGGAAACCAUUGUUGAAGAUAUUGAAAAUAUGGUCCGCUCUUAUGUUGAGAAGCCUAACUCUAUCAUAUUGGCUAUAUCUCCUGCAAAUCAAGAUAUUGCCACAUCAGAUGCAAUCAAACUUGCAAGAGAAGUUGAUCCUUCAGGUGAAAGAACAUUUGGGGUGCUAACAAAACUUGAUUUAAUGGACAAAGGAACCAAUGCAGUUGAUGUUCUUGAAGGAAGGUCAUACAGACUGCAGCAUCCAUGGGUUGGAAUUGUGAACCGAUCGCAGGCCGAAAUUAACAAGAAUGUUGAUAUGAUGGCUGCUCGUAGGAAGGAGAAGGAAUACUUUCAAACUAGUCCCGAGUAUGGACACUUGGCACAUAAGAUGGGAUCUGAGUAUCUUGCCAAACUUUUAUCUAAGCAUUUGGAGAAUGUCAUCAGGCAGCGGAUACCAAGUAUCAUUUCUUUAAUAAAUAAAACCAUUGAUGAGCUUAAUGCAGAGCUGGAUCGCAUUGGCAGGCCAAUUGCAGUAGACUCGGGGGCCCAGCUUUACACUAUUUUGGAACUAUGUCGAGCAUUUGAUCGAGUAUUUAAGGAACACUUGGAUGGAGGGCGACCUGGUGGAGAUCGAAUAUAUGGAGUUUUUGAUCAUCAAUUACCAGCUGCUUUGAAAAAACUCCCCUUUGAUCGACAUCUUUCAACUAAAAAUGUUCAGAGAGUUGUUUCAGAGGCUGAUGGUUAUCAGCCUCAUUUGAUUGCUCCAGAGCAAGGUUACAGGAGACUCAUUGAUGGAUCUAUUGGUUAUUUCAAAGGACCAGCUGAAGCCUCUGUGGAUACAGUGCACAAUGUGAUGAAAGAACUUGUACGGAAGUCCAUAGCUGAAACAUUGGAACUGAGGCGGUUUCCUACCCUUCAAGCUGACAUAGCCGCUGCUGCUAAUGAAGCAUUAGAAAGAUUUCGCGAGGACAGCAGGAAAACAGUUACAAGACUGGUGGAUAUGGAAUCUAGCUACCUCACUGUAGAUUUUUUCCGAAAACUUCAUCUUGAACCUGAGAAAACUCCAAAUCCAACAGGACCAAAUGCAGACCGUUAUUCAGAUAAUCAUUUCAGAAGAAUUGGAUCAAAUGUGAGCGCUUACAUUAAUAUGGUUUGUGAAACACUGAAACAUUCAAUCCCAAAGGCUGUGGUUCACUGUCAAGUUCGAGAAGCAAAAAGAUCACUUCUUACCCACUUCUAUGCCCAAGUUGGGAGGAGAGAGAAGGAGAGGCUCGGUGCAAUGUUGGACGAGGACCCGGCACUCAUGGAAAGGAGAUCAACCAUUGCUAAACGGCUUGAACUGUACAAGUCAGCUAGAGACGAGAUUGAUGCAGUUGCAUGGAAAUGAUGAGGCAGCCUAACACGAUGACCAUGCCAAAAUUUAUAUGCACACAUGACAAAAAUAGAAAAUUUUAUUAGUAUCCAUAUUCUUUUUCACACUUGAAAAUGAGGAGACUUAAAUGUAAGAACGGCCAUUAUUUCAGCCAUUUAUAUGAUUCUUUUUCUUGUGAGAAUUUCGAUUACUGUGAAAGAUGAGUGGUGUAUCUGUAUUUCCUUCUUCCUUUUGUGUUAUACCUUCAAUAUCACUGUAAAAUAUUCUUUGACAACUCACUCACAGCUAGUUUCUAUGGAUUUUAUCAUACUCAAUUUGAACAGAUAUGUUUAAAUUGACAUAUAUUUACACAAUGAACAAGUAAACCCAUUACCUUGGGCGAA